AUGAUGAAGUCGGUGGUGGGGCUUCUGCUUGUUACCGUAGUCGUUGCUAAUGCAGCUGAAGUCAAACAGGUACUGUAACUUUUGAAUUUGUAUAAGUACUGUAACUUGUGUACAUAUUACUGUAGCUGUUUGAGAGAUUGUUGAUACUGUAACUGCUUUGAAAGAUAAAAUACUGUAACUUUUUCAAUAUCUUAAGAUCUUUUUUCAGUUCUAAAUAUGUAUUUCAAGGUUACUGUAACAUAAAGUUUAAAAAUUUCCAUUUUCAGGCUUACUGUAACGCCUACACGACCUGUCGUAUGCAGGCGUACGACCGGUUGAAGAAGUGCGACAAUGGAGUUUCAUCGUACUUCUUCUCCAGAAUCCCAUCGGAAGGUGUGGCGCCAUUGGACAGAAUACAUUGUGAAAUGUGUAAGUUUUAUAUCAUUAUGUACAGUAGCUUAAGCAACGUCAUAGUAUAGGCAAUGAUUUAUUUACUAUAGCGAGAAUAUACUGUAAUAUGUAAUAUUUGCCGUAGUAUGUUAUUUUAGAGUAUAAUUACUAUUAGGUUGUUCAAAUAAUUCUGUGCCCUUAUACAACUCAAAUUAUCGAGAUUAAGGGGCACAAAAUUAUGUGAACAACCUGAUACUAUAUAUUACAGUAUGUAGUAAACUCUUAUAUAUAUUACAGUAGAUAGUAAACCCUUAUCAUGAAAUAAUAAACUAUUAUAUAUAAAACCUUAUCAGUUAUUUCGUACUAUGAUACCAAAAUUUCUACAGUACCCCUCCCCCCUAAAUAACGGUACAUUUCAGCCUUCAAACGAGCCAUCACCAGCCUGGAGACCAUCUUUGCUACAGUCGAAAAGAACGUAGCCAAAUGCUUGUCCAAAGAGGAGAUGGGUACCAUUGAAGACAGUCAAGUAGUACCGUGUCAAUCAGUCAAAGUCGCUUUGGCUCCAGCUGAGAAGGCUGAGGACCAUGAGUGUGUCACAAGAUACGAAACUGACCUCAAGGCAUGCGAACAGAUCAGCCAAUGUUGUCCUAGCUUCAGCAAGUAAGUAUCAAUAUCAAGACAAAGGACUUUAAAAUUUUCAAAAAUUUUUUUAAAUUAAAAUUUUUUUUUAUUUUUAGGUAACAAAACUCACAAUAUUUAUUUCAGAUGCUACGAGCGUGCCAAAAAUGACAUUGGAUUGUCGCUGAAGGAAAGUAUUCUGACCAAAAAGUUCAAGGAAUGCCUGGCUAGUCCAGUCAAGAAGGGCUACUUGAACGACGCUAAACUGUUGAAGAAGCUCGAACGUUCAACCACCAAACAGACCACCGAAGCUCCAACGACCGUCGCUUCCACUGAAGCUCCACAAGCAUCGUCUGCAGCUCCAAAAGUCCAACAAGAUCAAGAACAAACUCAAGGACAAGGUCAGGAAGCUCAACAACAAGCUCAACAAUCCAAAUCAGUUGAACAAAGCCAAGAAGAAGCUCAACAACAACCUCAACAGCUUCAACAAGAGCCAGAGGAGAUCCCAGUCCAAGAGUCAGAGGCCAGCGACGCCGUAGACGAAGAUCGACCAGCCAAGAACAACGACAAGGACGUGGACUUCAAGCCAGACCAGAUGGACCUCAGCUUCUCGUUGGACAACAAGAAGAAGAAGGCCGAGGAGUGGGCGGCCGAUGAAGAAGACGACGACGAAGACGAGAUCAUUCAACUCCCAUUGCCUGAGGGCGGAUCUCAACUCUUCAAGAUCAAACCCAUCCUUCAGAUGAACCAGACCGAGUUGGACACCGUGGAGAAGUUGAGGGUGAAGACGGCCAUCAAGGAGUUGAGGCAAUCCAGGAAGAAGAACAUCCAGAACGACGUGGGAAAGAAGGAGGAAGACCUCUCCACUGAAAAGGUAUUUUUUGGUCGAUGUUUGGGUCGAAAGGUAGAAAAAAGAAAAGAAUAUUACCUAAAACAAUAUAAUGUUACCUAAAAAUACUUUUUAAUGCCUUUUUUAUGUGAAUUAUUACCUAAAUAUGCCUUUUUUAAUUGAUUUGUUACCUAAAUUCAAGAAACCCCUAUUUCAUACGUUUUAAAAUCGCAAAAGACAUCUGCAUCUGCUUUUCAAUCAAAUUUCGAUAUUCUAAAACAUCAAUUAGAUCUACUACUACAUCCCUUUUUCAGAAAGUGAUCCACAACAUCCUCUGCUCCCAAUUCUUGGAAUGUGCAGCUGUUGUAGAACAAUUCGAUGAUGAUUGUGAAUUGAAGUUCCCAGUUGAUAAGGAAUCUGUCAAUGGAAUUCCAAACCGUCACAUCAGAUGGCACUUCCUGAACACUUCCACGACUUCUGACGUCCAGAUCAGACAAACCUGCUUGAAGAACGUGGAUCCUAUUAGUCAGGCUCAGGUAGGUUGUUAUAAUUGUUGGAUUUAACUUUCCUAACAUUUUUAAAGAGCCACAUGAGGUUUUUCGCUUCAAUUUGUGGGUAUAGGAUAAUUUCCCACCAACUUGUUCAUAAUAAGAUGAUAUCUUUGUGGCUUUGACUCGUAAAUGAAAUUUUUAUGAAGAAUACUUUAAGAUAGUGAGUUAAAUUUGAUAAUCUUUAGAUCGAGGCCCUGCAGCAAGUUGUAAAUAAACAGAACGAAAAGUGCACUCGUGAUCGAUCAGUCGGACGCAAAUCAGCUGAAGUAAGUUUAUUAAGAUAACGCCAAAGUACAAGUUCGUCCUCAUUAAUUGUCUGGAGUCAUCAAAAAUACAGUAUAUAUACACACCAAAUAAGUUUAUAAGUAAUUCCGCCAAAGCCGCAACGGGUCAAGUGUUUCUUUCCCUCAAUUGAAAUAUAUAUAUAUAUUCACACUGGCUAUGUGUAUUGUAACCCUUAUAGAGAUACGGCCGUAUCUUUACAAAGAUGUAUAUACGGUAGAAAUAGUUAACACAUGUCUUUUACUGUAACUUUCAAAAACCUUUAUGGAUAGUAGCUACAGUAGUCGAUACAUGCAUUUUUAGUUUGAUGGCUGUGAGAACGUUGGCUUGGUCAACGAACUAGUCCUUCUGGCUCGCGUUCCAAUCGACGAAGACCCAAAACUGACAAACAGCGACAAACAACAGAAGUGCAAAGACAGACACUCGGAGUUGGGGAGAAGAUGUCGCGCUCUCAGAUCGUGCUGCCCAGACACUAUUGUGUAAGUUAACUAACAAUACUAAGGUAUUAUCCUUCCUCAAACACAUCUGAUCCUUAACUUUAGCUGUGACCAAACCAAUGCGAGCACUGAAUCGAGUGAAUUGAGAAAACUCAAGAGCUCGAUGAAGGCUGAACAAAGAUUGUGUGAAGCCAGACUUCAACGUAUCCAGAAAGCCGCUCAGUCUGGACUAGCUGGUUUAGCCGGUCUGAACCUUUAA